CUGAAAGCAAUCUAUAAUUAGAAACUGAAAAGGAGGCAGAGUAUAAAAAAAAAAUUAAGCCAGGGAGUCUUUUUUUUUUCUUCUCUUUUUUUACACAUACACAGAAAUAUAAACACGCAAUGUUUUGGAAGAAGAAAGAUAAAAAACAAGCAGAAUCGACUAAUCCCUUCGAGUCAAGUAGUCAGCCUUCAUCUCCUGCCCCAUCUUAUUCCCCUGCUCCUUCAUAUACCUCUGAACAACCUCAAGAACAUAGUCGCUACGGCGGUAGUCGUUAUAACAAUGCUGCUUCAGAAACUGACCAAAGAAACCAGUUGAUGGGUGGCGUAAGAGACAAUGAAGGUUUCAAUAGCCGUGAUGAAGGUCGUAAUGACGACGGGUAUAGUAGUAAUCGCGGUAGAAAUAAUUAUGGAAGAAGCAACAGUGACAAUGGUUAUGGAGGUAGAGACAACACAGAAGAAUAUGGUGGUGCUUACAACGAAGAGGAAGAAGAGGCUCAAGUGUCCGGUAUGAAACAACAAAUCAAAAACGUCAAGCAGGAUUCUUUAGCAAGUACUAGACUGGCACUUCAAAAGAUUCAUGAAACAGAGGCAACAGCAGCUAAUACCAUGAAUAUGCUUGGACAACAAUCAAGUCAAUUGGCUAAUGUGAACAGACAUUUGGAUAUGUCCAAAGCUUACUCAGACAGAGCAUCUAGUUCAGCCAGUGAAUUAAAGCAAUUGAACAAAUCUAUCUUUAUACCAGUUGUAUCCAACCCAUUUAGAAGAAAGGAAAAGGAGCGAAGAGAAUUAGAGAAUAUGCAAAGAGAUCACGCAGAGCAUAUGGCCCAAAGAGAUGAAAUCCGCCAAUUUGAAUAUGAAUCUCAAAACCGUAUCCAAGAGACAGCACGCAUGAAUAAUAAUAGUAGUCAAAGAGGUGAGCGUAGAGGUAGAUCGGAAGCUGAUCGUCGUCGUUACCAAUUUGAAGAAGAUUCGGACGAUGAUAAAGUUGAAGACGAGAUUGAUGAAAAUCUUGAUUUACUCGGUGGUGCUGUUGGUAGACUCAAGAAUAUGGCAAUCACAAUGAAUAGCGAAUUAGAUAGUCAAAAUAACCAACUUAAUAACGCUAUUGGAAAGGUGGAUCCUAUUACCAAGCAAUUGAGAGGCACAACACAUACAUUAAACAAUACCAAAUAAAUAAAAUCACGUGUUGUAUCAUUUUCUUUUU